GAAACUAGAAUUCGCACGUUUUUUGUGUUAAUAAUACGGAAGAAUAAAGAUGAAGGACAUUCACUACUGCUUUUACAUCUGUAGUGAACCCAACAAUCGCCUUGUAAGUUGACACUAGAUCGGUUCGUGAUUCAGAACAGCCGAGACUCGAGCCGUGUGAGGCAGUGAUCAUAUUCGGUGAAGCAGAUGAGAAAUGAUAUUUUCAAAAUUGUGAAACAUUCGUUCUUUUUAUUGUUUGAUUGGGAUAAUGUUAUAAAGUUCAUCUGGUAUACAGGUAAACUGCAGAAGCUCAACAAUUAGUGCUGGUUGGCCCCCAUUAUUUGUGCAGUUUACACCUGUAGCAGCUGGCCGGACGGAACAAAGCGAAACAAAAGACGAACACAUUGUUGGGGAUUCUUAGAUUUUUUUUUAGUUACGUCGGUCAUACGAGUCUGACAUUGGAUUGAUGAAAGAAAUGUCCCAGGGGAGGGACAGAAGAGAAACAAGUUUUGAUAGAGACUCAAGCAGUGACACAGAGGACUACCUAGAUUCUGGUGAUCAAAGAAGAAGAGUUUUCAAAAACGGCUCUCAAGCAAAGCCAAAGCCCUGUCUAGUCCAGCGUCCUGGAUCAGCAGGUAGCACUGAUUCGUACCACCAGCACCCAAUUGCCAAGCCCCAGCCUAAUAUGGGAGCAAAGAACAAGCAAAGGGGCAAUUUCACAUUUGUAAGUAAUCCAAGAGCUUCAGGAGUCAUGUCUGGUGGAGCAGAUUCUGAACACGGAAUGUCUGUAGUUGAGCGUUGCCAAGGCUAUAAUCGAAGGGAUAUGAAAGAUGGCAGAGGCAUGACAGCUGGUUCGGUUGUCAUGAGAGACGAACGGUUGACCCUGGUGGUUGAUAAUACCCGUUUUGUUGUCGACCCACAACUAUUUGCUGCCCACCCAAACACAAUGCUCGGCCGAAUGUUUACGUCCGGCGUAGAGUGGGCCCGACCAAAUGAGCGUGGCGAAUAUGAUGUGGCCGAUGGAAUUUCGGCAACUGUUUUUCGUGCCAUUUUGGACUAUUACAGAUCAGGUUUCAUUCAAUGCCCACCAUCGGUAUCGGUUCAAGAACUCCGCGAGGCCUGUGAUUAUCUCCUAUUGCCUUUCGACGCCCACACGGUCAAAUGCAAAAAUCUCCGUGGUCUGCUACACGAAUUGAGUAAUGAAGGAGCCAGAGCUCAAUUCGAAUCCUUCCUCGAGGAACUGAUCCUUCCCGUCAUGGUCAAUUCCGCUCAAAGAGGAGACCGUGAAUGCCAUUUGGUUGUACUUUUGGACGACGAUGUGGUUGACUGGGAUGAAGAAUAUCCACCGCAAAUGGGAGAAGAAUAUGCUCAAACCGUCUUCAGCACCUCCAUGUAUCGAUUUUUCAAGUACAUUGAGAACCGUGACGUGGCCAAGCAAGUGUUGAAAGAGCGGGGCCUUAAAAAGAUACGUCUGGGAAUCGAAGGUUACCCGACUUAUAAGGAAAAAGUGCGCAAGCGACCAGGAGGGCGCGCCGAAGUUAUUUACAAUUACGUCCAGCGGCCUUUCAUUCACAUGUCCUGGGAGAAAGAAGAAGCCAAGAGUCGACAUGUUGAUUUUCAGUGCGUCAAAUCAAAAUCAGUGACCAAUCUCGCGGAAGCAGCUGCCGAUCCUGCUUUGGAUGCGGCUGGCAAUCCACUGCUGCCUUUUCCUUUACCCUUGGGGCACGCUCCUACGACGGAGGGUCCCUUGGGGCCUGUGCUGGUUGGCCAUAUCGUCGAGACUGGACUCCACCACAACGGCCCUCCGAUAAUUGACGUUGAGGCUAUUGAGGCGGGACUGGAAUUCGAAGAAGGGGCCGUUGGUGGCAUCGAUUUGAACAUGGUCCGUCCUCUACAGUCCAUGUCGCUUAACGAGACCUAUCCACAGGGUCCAAUUUCAGGACAGGGUGACGAUCCUUGAAGAGAGACGGGUCAGCUUUAUCGGCAAUUUUGAAGCAGCAAAAGCUCCUUUUCAAUUAAGCUCGCUCUUGCUUUUAUAGGCCUCCUCCAUGGAUACGCUACGGUAGUCUGUGACGUCCACCAAAACACACACAUACACUUUCACACGUAUCUGCCUAAAAAUAUUCGUUUUUUGUUUCUAAAAUAUCGCGCAUUUGCUCGUGAUGGCCAUCGGUGGAAUAGAUUAACGCCUCUAUUCAGUCGGAUAUUUCCAGAAGGUUUUUCCUCUUUCCCCUUUUUUUUAAAUUGAAUUAAUAUUUUUCUUUCAGAAAUAAUCCAGGUGUCGUUCAUUGUAAAAUUCUCUUCUUAAACCUUUUUGCUAACUCGUCUUUAUUGUGGCCCUCAGGUGUAUUUAUUCCUUGCCACUGUCAGAUUUGCAUUAGCAACACCAAGCACACUUUUGAAAAAGAAAAAAAAGCCCCAAUUUAUUACACUUUCACAGUCCUUCUCUUCCCCUGCGUGUCGGUUUGUUGUGUGUGUAUUUGUAACAUUCAAUAUACUGCAGACAUGUCAAACAGGAAA